UUUUACCAAACAAUGGAGAAGGUCAUUGCUCUGACAAGGACAAAAUGAGAUGGACGACCACCACUCAAAGGCGACUCCCGGUGUUCCAAAGAGCUGGCCAAUAUACAGAGGGUGGGCUGUCAAUGCUUGGAACAAAUGGACAAAAACGGCAAACCAGGGGAGACAACUUGGAGAGUCACCGAUACCUACCGUCGACAACCUGAGGCUUGUAUCACCAAAAGAACUGGACGUUUAUCUGAAAGACUUUGUUAAUAAUGUGAGACGUGACGACGGUGCUAGGUUUAAAAUAAAUUCAGCCUAUAAUAUCUACCGUGGCCUGGCUGCCCAUCUGGUCAUCAACUUAAAAUGUCCACAUUUGAAUUUUUUGGAUCAUGACAAUGACAGUUUUGUUGAAUUUCGAAAGGCGGCUUACAAAACAACCAAGAUUUUCAGAAAAAGAAAACAAAUGAAGGAUCAUACUGAUCAACUUGACCAUGAGAAAUGCCUAUGGAACAAACGUUUUCUGGAUAUGGAUUGUCCGAAAAGUCUCCUACGUGCAGUUUAUGCCUUUAAUUACUCUGUGUUUGGUAUAGAGACAAUAGAAGCACACCACCUGAUGUUGGCUAAUCAGUACGUACUGGGGGAAGAUAAAGACGGAAAUUUUGUUGUGUUCUAUGGAAAUCUGCAGGAAAGUGAGCAUUUGUCUGAGGUAAACAAUCCCAUCGUCUCUGUAGAAGAGAUAAAACUGUACGACACAGGAGAAUACGAUUCGGUAUACAACAUAUUCAAGAAAUAUUUGAAUGGCAUACCACGCCAUGGGAAAUUUUAUAUUCUUCCUUGUCUUUCCAAUUGCACAGGUGGGACAAAAAGGAAAAUGACGGGAUUUUCAACAACUCCCAUGAAUUACAGUCAGAUUUAUGAAUUGCAUGAGGAUCUGAUUACUUCCCAAACCUACAGAAAACUGUUUCUCCUAAAGGACUUCGAUGCUCAAAAGGGACGACUCGUCGUUCAUCCGUCACAAAUGUUCAACCUAACCCACACUUCCCCAACCUCUGUGGAUCCAAAAGCAGAUUUCUUUACACAAGCAUACAACAAUAUUCCCCUAACACAAGGAAUGGAGAAUUGUGCUGAGAGCUUGUUAAAUGAAGAAAAUGAGGUUGUUGUCAUUUUAGAUACAUCAGAUGAAGUUAUACGAGAAACUCCUUCACAAAAGUCGCCAUCUCAAGGUCAAGUACAACAAGCAUUGUGGGCUGGGGUGUCAAAUUAUGACCCAGCUUCAUGUAGUUCUUUCGGAAACAUGAUGCCAGGUACACCAAACAUGAUGAUGGAUAAACCAAACUUUGUGACAGGUACACAAAAUUUGAUGACAAGUACACCAAAUCUGAUGAGAGGUACUACUGAUGUAGGCAUACAAACUCCAAACCAUCAUUGUAUCCCUGCUAUGCGUCCACUGAACAUAUAUAUUUCACCAGAGACAUCUCAGUUCGAAAACAAAUUGCCACAGGACAGACAAACCUUACUUCUGAGACCAAAUGUAGACCGAAGUCAGGACGUAUCACUGGGCGAUGGUAGAAGAUUAUUAUCUCCUGCUCCUUAUCAGACAGAACAGAUUGUUUUAGAAUGUGCUGACGAGACCUCUGCAAGCCUGCCAUCCCAGCGGAGCUCCAUUCAACAACAUGAAACAGCCAUCAUUGCUGAAAGACACAGGGAUAUCUCCAGUGUGUUGUCUUGCCUAGAUCAACCUAGAAUGGAACGCAUGUACCCAAAUACUAAUGACAUCACACCAAUUUACACAGGCACCACCCAUCUGAGGUCGCGAACUCUGCAAUGUCAUUCCAGAAGUGCAGAAGAGAAUAAAUUGAAUAGAACACCAUCAGAUUCAGAAAAGCCAAGUUAUUACAAAACAUUCAGAACAGCACCGCCUCAGAUGCAGAUGAAUUUGCCACCACCACCAACAGCACAACCACUGAACACCACAGAAUACCAACAUACACCUCCAUUAUACCUAAUGGACAAUGCUACCAGUGUACAUCCAAUGCAUCAGCUCCGUUCAAACGCUGGCAAAUUUCACCAUUCAACCCCAGAACGGUUAUAUCCCUACCAACAUUCAAGACAGACCAGACCAAUGACAUCACUUCCAAAUCAAAAUCGGGACCAGUUUCCGUCUCUGAGAACAAAGUUAUCAAGGACAGCUUUGACCAAUCAUUGUCCACCUCUGAACAGCAAGAACCAGCCUAUUUCACCUGAGGGAGUCUCACCUUUAUCAAGGAUGAAAGCGAUCAAAGAAUACCACAAACAACUUCUCAUUAGACAAGGAAUGUGUGGAAUAUCACCAUCAUCAUUCUUACUUCAGCAGCAUAUGGCAAUGCAACCUAGAGAAAGCCAGAGUGUCAAUCACAAUCAAGAGCAACAGAGAUCAAGGAAAAAGCACUUUUCUGAACAUGAUUCACAGGAAAUCCCUAAUAUAGAAAAGCUUAUGAGACAAAGCAACACAAAGAGAAGAAAUCCAGAAAAUACGGGGACACCUGACAGCAUGGAGAAAGGAAUUCAAGGACAGAUUGACGAUGGGAAAGGAGCUACAUUCUCUGCGCAAUCGAUAGCAGUACCACCCCAAACUUUACAAGCAAUAGAUCCAUCCCCAUUUUCUCCAGCUGCUAGGAUUACAGAUCAAGAUAGACCUCCAUCAAAUAUCAUUCAAUCACAUCAAGAUUGUCAAGGAAAUCCCCCGGAUCUCGUCAACAAUAGAAAUGGUAAUGAUUACCAGAGCAGCACAGGUAAAAAAAGACUUACAGGAGAAGAUACCGCAGAACCUGCCAAAGACAAAGUCGAGAUAAACCAUACAGGUAGACAUUUAGGUGUAAGGACCGGACAAAACCAAACUGAGGCAAAUUUACUUGAGGAUGAAAGGGAGAUAACCAUUAUUGAUAGUGCUGAGGGUAAAAUACCAUGGGAGGUGAAGGUCUCGCCAAGCAUCAUAGACAAAGGGAAUCAAGAUACUCAACUGAAACAGACCAAUCAUUCUGCUAGAAAUAGUAACCCAGACAGUAAAACCCUCGACCAGGACAUCAGAGAACUUUUGGACUUUGACCCUUCAUUACGGAAAUCCUUUCACAAGAAGUGUGCUGAUUGGUGGAUUCGACACAAGAGUAACUUUGAGAUGAACAAUUUAUCACAAUGCAAAUCCAACUUAAACAGUCAAAACAUGUCUACAAAUUCAAACAAAAAUGAUGGAAAAUCGGAAAACACAGUUCCUGAAAAUCAACAGGAAAUUUCAAACCAAAACAACGACAAGGUUCUACAAGGGAAUGCUACAACAGGUGAUAUGGCUGAAUGUGAAAAGAGACGUACACCCUUGUCUCCAUCAGGAGCAGACGUCUGCUCCAAUUCCAAACAAAGCAGUCCAAAACUUGGUGAUUUCAAUUACAAAUGUCUGAACAUGAACACUUGUAGUGCUAGUGUACUUAACAAUGAUCUUUCAGAACAGCAUAGUGCAGGAAGCCAUGAAACAAAACCAUGGGAUGGUGUUGGAGGUCAUUGUGUAGCUGAUGAUGUGAAAUGCAUGUCUGCAUUUUAUGUGGAUUAGGAUCUCCUGUAUAUCCUAGAUCUUUAGGAUUGAUAGUUCAGGCAUGUAGCUCUCAGUCGUUAAGGAGAUAUUUCUUUAUAAGUCAUGAAACUUUUCAUCGAUAAACUAGCAAAAUAUUGAAAAACAUGAAAUCUUCGAAACAAUUACAGUUAACAAUCUCUCCCAUUAUAAUGUACAUCAUGUAUUCUGUAAAGAUUGAUUUUUUUUCACAUUCCCAAUUUUUGUGGUAACAUUUCUGUGUGAAAAAUACAAUCCAUGAAAAUAGUAGAAAAUGAAUCCAUUGUCACUGUAGCAUUAUACUAUGUGCCAUGGCCAUUAGGUCGAGUCAGCAGUGUACCAAGUGAUAUCUGUAGAUGAAAUAGAGAAUAAUACAUGCCUUUUUCCAUAUCUCACCCAAUAUCAACCCUUGACCAAUAUACUGAUAUUGGAGUCUCGGGUUGAUACUGGGUGUGAUAUGGAAAAAAAGCAUAUUUUAUUCUGUGUAUUACCUACUUACUAAUAAAAUACGGAUAGAUCUACUAUCUUAUGAUCUGUUUUUCGUUUGAAAUAUUAAAAAAUGAAAAAUUUCCAAAAGGGGUGUGAUACAGGUUUUGUGGGCUGAUACAGGCUUUGGGGUGUGAUAUGGCGAGGGCCGAUAUGGGUUAGAGCAUUUGUGUCGUAUCGCAUACAAAAAAUCUGUAUUUAAAUAUUAGUAAGUAUGUAAUAAAUACUAAUAUCUGUUUAACACAUCAAUAUGGUCCAUUUUAUAAAAAGCUUACAAACGGUUAUUACCCAUAUGAAAAACAAAAAUUCACCUGAAAUAGAUCUGCAAAAAAUAGUUCACCCAAAAUUUACCAUUUUGGUAAAUCCAUGAAAAUUGGUGACAAAAGAAAAUAACUGUUUUGUGAUCAAACUAAUAUCACCUUCAAAUCUUACUUAUUGUCGUACAUUGUGUAUUAAA